AUGCCCCAGGGACUCAACAUCUCCUUGUGCCUCCUCCAAAACUGCAACUGGGACGAGAGCAGUAACACCAGCCAUCCGAGCCGCGACUCGGACCUUCCCCCUCUCAACUUCUACAGCUUUCCCCUUCUCACGCUUAUCACCGUGGCGUGCUCGCUCCUCUCCGUGGUGGGCGUGACCGGCAACGUCUUGACCAUCCUGGUGGUGAGCAAGUACCGCGACAUGCGCACCACCACCAACCUGUACCUGUGCAGCAUGGCCGUGUCGGACCUGCUCAUCUUCCUGUGCAUGCCGCUCGACCUCUACCGCAUGUGGCGCUACCGGCCGUGGCGCCUCGGCGACGCGCUCUGCAAGCUCUUCCAGUUCGUGUCCGAGUCGAGUACCUACUCGACCAUCCUGAGCAUCACGGCGCUCUCCGUGGAGCGCUACGUGGCCAUCUGCAUCCCGCUGCGCGCCAAGGCUCUGAUGACCAAGCGGCGAGUGCGCUCGCUCAUCUUGCUCCUGUGGUGCGUGUCCUUGCUGAGCGCCGGGCCCGUGUUUGUCAUGGUGGGCGUGGAGCGGGACCACCUCGGCUUCAGCGCCAACGACAGCCACGCUCUCGGGAGGGAAGAGGACGAGUACAGGGACACGCGAGAGUGCAAGAUGACACACUAUGCAGUGGAGUCGGGCCUGAUGGGCGCCAUGGUGUGGCUGAGCUCCGUGUUCUUCUUCAUGCCCGUCUUCUGCCUCACGGUGCUCUACAGCCUCAUUGGCCGCCGCUUGUGGCAUAGACAUCGGAACACCAAGAUCAGGUCACACCGGGACAGGAGCAACAGGCAGACAAUCAAGAUGUUGGUGGUGGUGGUUCUGGCCUUCGUCCUGUGCUGGCUGCCCUUCCACGUGUGCCGCUACCUGCAGUCCCGCUCGCUGGACGCGCCGUCCCCUCUGCUGUCCGCCCUGUCGGAGUACUGCAGCUUGCUGUCGGUGGUUCUUUUCUACCUGAGCGCCGCCAUCAACCCCAUCCUCUACAACACCAUGUCCUGGAAGUUCCGCGGGGCGGCGGCGCGCCUUUUCGGCCUCGGCCAACAAAAGCUACCUCGGACCCGCACCGCCAGUACGCUGAAGGCCGUGACAGAGGGGGGGAUGGAAUCCAACAGCUUUUAA